AUGAAGUCGUUGGCUCUAUCCUCAAUACUAUGUCUCCGACAACUUGUCGCUGGGACUGAAUAUUCACCGAUUGAAAUAAAUUUUGGAGCCUUCAACUUGGAGCCAGAUCGAUUGACAGAAAGGUCUGGAUUGUCGUCUGAUUUCGCAAGAUCUAGGGCUAGGUUGAUGGAAAGCCAAGUCGACAAUGAGGAUAUUGACGCAUGGAUAGACGCCAGUUUGUCUAAUAAUGAUGAUGAUGUUGAAUAUUCUACUUCAUCGAUAGUCGGAUCUAGAAUAUCCAAGAAUCAACUCUCAUUGCACCUGGAAGGAGGAUACAAUGAAACUCCUGAAUUUGAAGGCAACGCUUUCAAGAUGAACAGUCCAACACGACUUCCAAACACAGCGGAGGAAUCAUAUGGUAAUCGGUAUCAGUAUUCUGGUCCAAAAGAAGAAGAACCCGCGAGACUGCUCGACAAGAAAUUGCUCAAAAAGACUGGAACCACUAUCGCAGGAUGUUGUGUGGGGCAGCAUGUCGUUUUGGCAGCGGACACCCGUGCCACCGAAGGCACCAUGGUGGCCGAUAAGCGAUGUCAAAAGUUACAUUUGUUGGCCAACAAUGCUUGGUGUGCUGGCGCUGGAACCUCAGCCGAUUUGGACCACUUGACCAAAGAAUGUCUCUACACCAUGUCAUUUCAGACCCUAAUGGACAAGAGCAUUGGCAACUCAAACAGCGGCGAGGACCCAGAAGGAGAUCAGAAAGCAAAGAUUUCCUUGGCCGAAGACGACUUGAUAUUUGUUGGGAUUGUGCCCAUCGAGCAACUGUGUCGCUUCUUUCAAGACCGAUUGUUUCGUGCAAGAGGGAAUUUGGGGGCCAAUUUGAUUCUCGGGGGUGUGUACGAUGGCAAGGCUCAUUUGCGAGCCUUACAUCCACAUGGAUCAAUGGAUAUCGAUCUUCCAUUCACAGCCCUGGGGAGUGGUGGAUUGGCGGCAAUGGGUGUAUUGGAAGAGGGUUAUUCCAAAGUGCAAUCUGUGCAAGAAGGAAUCCAGCUUUGCGAACGAGCAAUUUUGGCGGGAAUCAAGAACGACUUGGGAAGUGGAUCGCAAGUAGACGUCUGUGUCAUUUAUCCAGAUGGUUCCAGCAAGAUGAAGCGGUCUACUGUGCCAGAAGAAGAAUUAACGAACGAAGAUGUGAAGCAUCUUGGAAGGAAUGCAACAACUUCAGAGAAUGCACAGGCGCCAUCAACUACAGGUGCCAAUGGAUUUGGUAACCUUCCAUUUGCAGUCGAAUCGAAGAGGACGUUGUCGGUGAGAGAAGUUGAGACGGCACAAUCACGGAUCCAGGAAUGGAAUAGAAUUCUAGGCAUCGACAAGACGGAUAAAGAAAUAUAG